UUUUUCAAAGGGAGUUGACAUGCAAUAGUUUGAUGUGCCUGAUAUUGGAAUGGAUCACCACAACGAAAGUGGGGAAACAUUAAAGGCAUCUACUGAAGAACUUCAAGAAGGUGGUGAUAAUUCUGGAGAACAAAAAGAAUCGACGGAAUACAUAGUUCAGUUUCCCGAAGACACCGUAUCUGUCAAAUCGCUAGUCGUAUCAGCAAACUCCGCUGACAUAGCAGAGGAAGAUCGUCCUAUUUUCGAGACGCCGCCCAAAGUUGGUGAGAAUGUGAUACCCUUAUCUUAGUUUCUUUUGCCUGACGAGCUGUUUCCAAGCCAAACUCUCGAAAGAUGAAUGGUUUUGCAUCUAUCAGUCGCCCGGAAUAGGCAUCCUAGUAAAUACCAAGUUUCCCCUUUCAUGGAGAAUUACGACUCUGCUUCAGGAAAGUAUAUAUAAACAAGCAUUAAUGUAUUUAAUUUUGUGUAUUCCAAAGCAUUUUAUAUUGAUCAUAUGUAUUUUGAAUAUUUCAGGUGGUUCAAAACUCAUCACUAUCCGCAUUUUUAAGAAAAAACAUCCAUUCGCGGAAGAUCCUAUCACUGGCCCAGUCGACACAAAGCUUUUUGAUAAGUACUUGGAGUGGAUUCGCAAAGGACUGCUUGUCAUGCAUGAAAAUAAAAAGAACAAUGAAGAUCGUUACAGAAAGAAGAUGGAAGCUUUUGAGAAUGAUGCAGAUUAUACAUAUAAUGUUGGCAUCACAGUAGUAGAGAACAAAAAUUGGUUCUACCAGUUAUCAAUGAGUGGCCAGCUGUGGAAUGAUGAGCACAUUGACGUGAUUUUCUACUACUUGCGAAAGAAAGGCAAGUAUGACAGAAGGAGCACUUUCAAAUAUACAACAGUUGACUGUCUCUUCAUGCGAAAGGUUGAUCAAACAUAUCUUACAUACAACAACCCGGAAACUGGAUCCAAUGUAGCCAACGAAGAAGACGAUCUAUGUCAAUAUGUUAAGGGCUACAGAUUGCAUGCAAAUGUCCCGUGGCAUUCAGUUGACAAUAUUUUUAUACCUAUCAACAUCAAAGAGGAUAAUCAUUGGAUUUUGGUUGUACUCUCAUUCAAUGACAGGCGACUUUAUGUGUACAACUCAUACCGAGGCAGCACAGACCACAACGCAGUUGUUAGAAGGGAAGUACAAAAACUUGCUGCCCUCCUGCCACAUUAUCUACACAUCAGUGGAUUGUACACUCAAAAAACUGGCAUGAAUUAGCAGAAUCCCCCAGCAUGUACGGACAUGACACAGAAUGAGAACUUUCAAGUGGAGUAUGUAGAAAAUCCGCCACAGCAAGACACUACCAGCAUGUACGUAUAUUUUAAUGUAUUGCAAUUUUUCAUAUACGGGGUUCAUUCUAAUAAUUCUACUUCUAUUAUACUUUUCCAGGGAUUAUGUUGUGUACGUAGCAGCGUUCGCUAAAUAUCUAAGCACUGGUGAAGGUAUCCCAGCACAAAUCGAUGCAACAAUGCUCCGUAAUAAGUACGGCGCACUCCUUUGGGACUAUGCUGCACGAAAUAUCGAUGAACAUGCUAUGAGCGACAUUGAGGCGCCACCAAAACCAGUUAGGCCAACAGUGGAUUAUGGCAAAUCUGCACAAUUGAUGUUACUUAGGAUCGAUGUAGGAAUAUUUAAUUGUCAUUUCAGACUAUGGCUAUUUUUAUAGCAAAUAUUUUAGAUUUAGUUAGUUUAAGACUAUCUUAUCAUUUUCCUUAAGUUCUAAUUGGACCAUUUAAGCUUAGUCUAAUUAUCAAAGUUGUGUGAUUUUGUUUUUGGAAUUUAGAUGAAUGUGUAUAUCUGGCUAUAUUUUGGAUGUGACAGUGAGGUACACUCUAAAUACGUAUGCGUGUUUAGAUCUUUGAAACAAGGGGGUUGUAUGUAU